AUGGAUUUUAAUGCCCGUUUCUGUUUACCGAUUGCCGAGAAAUUGGACGGUGAUUGCGAGUGUCGUCUCUUUACGCCAUUCGAUCGACGACACACCCGCGGGAAUCUCUAUGUGUCUGCGAAUUUCGUUUGCUUUGAUAGCAAGGUUGAGGGUUUGGUGAGUGUGGUGAUGCCGUUGUUGGAGGUGGAUUCGGUCGAGGAAUGCUCGGGUGGAACGGAGGUGGCGAUGAAGAAUCGAGGGAUUCUCAUUUGUCUACAAAAUGGGGCAGCGAUCAUGUUCUCCGAGGUGCCGGAUCGAGACAAAGUCUUAGCGAGAAUCAUCGCUUUUCGAGAACAGGCAAAAAUCCAGAACAGCAUGCUUCGAUCGAAGAAAAUCGAUUGCCCAGCAACGGACGAGUUAACGACGUUGAAAGAUCCGCUGACCACAACGUAUCCACUUGACAAAGACACACCUCCUGCGCUAACGAAAAGAUGGGAAAAGUUGGCGGACGAGUACGGAUGGGGAGUGGGAAUGUACAGAACGGUUGACAUGCACAGAUUGCUUCUCGAUGGAAUACCCAAUCACAGGAGGGGACAGAUGUGGCUACUGUGUUCGGGUGCUGGAGCAGAGAUGGGUCUUCAUCCGGGUUACUACGAGAAUCUCCUUCGCACUCAUCACGGUCAAUUCACAGUGGCUAUCGAGGAGAUUGAAAGGGAUUUGCAUCGUGGCUAUUCGCCACAAGAGUCUCCCGAGCAUCCCGCUUUCCAAAAAGGGCCAGGAAUCGGCGCAUUGCGAAGGAUUCUAACCGCCUACUCUUUCCGAAAUCCAAAUAUUGGAUAUUGUCAAGCGAUGAACAUUGUCGGUUCGGUUCUUCUUUUAUUUGUACCCGAAGAGGAAGCAUUUUGGUUACUGGUGGCCGUUUGUGAGCGACUUCUCCCCGAUUAUUACAACACAAAAGUCGUUGGAGCACUUGUGGAUCAAGGAGUGUUCAGCGAGUUGGUCUUCUCAUUUCUGCCCUCCGUUCACGAGCAACUCGUUCGAAUGGGAUUAGAUCAAAUGAUAGCUUUAUCCUGGUUCCUGACCGUUUUCCUUUCCGACAUCAAGUUCAACGCCGCCGUUCGCAUUCUCGAUUUGUUCUUUUUCGAGGGAGCCAAGUUGAUGUUCCAAGUGGCACUCGAGAUUUUGAAAGAAAAUGAGGAAUUGCUCUCGAAAUCGAAAGACGAUGGAGAUACAAUGGUUGCGCUGAGUAGCUACACAGGGAAAGUUGUCGACACUGAAGCGAUGGCUGAUGGAAAGAUUCUGAUCGGUGAUCUUCUCACAAACUCGUAUCGGGAUUUCGGCUGCGCUUUCACUAAUGAACAAAUCGAGAAACUCCGUCUUAAGCAUCGCUUGAAAGUUGUGCAGGGUCUCGAAGACUCUCAAAUGAGGAGUAUCAUCAAGAGUGUGGGGCGAGAGUGCAAAUUCUCACAGGAUGAGCUCGAAAAGUUGUACAACUUGAUCAAAGAGGAACACCUGCUUUCGUGGAGGGCUCGUCUGGCGAUGGCCGCUCGCGGGAAAGAGGAGUCCAUGCUUGAGAGGUCCGCUCGUGGCACCUCUUCAACGCAAUAUCGGGUUGACUUUGAGCUUUUCGAACAAAUUGUGCCUCGACUUCUCCCAUGGGCUGCCGAUCAUAUUUUGAUCGUACGGAUGUUUAGGUUGCUUGACAUCACCGAAACAGGUCUACUGACAUUCCGGGAUAUCGCCGUAACUUUAUCAAUCGUCUUGAGGGGCGACCCGACCGAAAAACUAGCAUUUUUCUACAAAUGCCACUUGCCGCCGGCCUUUAACGACUCUGACCUAGACGACGUAAAACCAAUUUGUGAAGAUGCACACAACGACUUU